AUGGAGAAUCCCCAUUCAACUGCACCGAUUGAGCGGAGAGAAUUCAGGUUAAUUGCAUUGGCACCGAGCGCUGAGUCGGAGAAUAUUGAAUGCAGUUUAUGUUCCUAUUCUCUCGAUGGCAGCUAUCCUGAAUAUACCGCGCUCUCCUAUGCAUGGGGCCAAAAUGUGAGAGACAAGGUUAUCAGGCUUAAUGGAACUCAGUUCCCGGUUGGGAACAACCUCUGGUGGUUUCUGCAUCAUAUGCGGUUGCGAAAUCAGUAUAUCAAUUUUUGGAUUGACGCUAUAUGCAUUGACCAGUCAAACGUCAUGGAGCGAAAUCACCAAGUGCAGAUAAUGCGGAAGAUCUACAGCAACGCCCAAUCGGUCUCGGUGUGGCUGGGGAAAGUCGAUACUUCCUCCGACAGCGACGUGGCGAUGCAAUGGUUGGCGACAAGAACAUCCUGUGAGCUUGGAAACUUCAAUUUUGACAACUUCUGGAGCCUGCGGCAGGCCAAAGCCAUAUUGGCCUUUUGUGAAAUGAACUACUGGCGGAGGGUGUGGAUUAUCCAAGAAAUCAUGUUUGCAAAGGAGAUUACCAUUUACUGCGGCUCCAAACAUAUUAGCUGGAAUACAUUUGAGCAGCUAGUCAAGGAUCUUCAGGCAAUAUCCGAUAUAGGAAGAGAGCACCACACGCCUUGUGCAUCUCUAAUUCUCGCCAGCCCAGCUAUUGUUAUUGCCAAGGCGAAGGCAGCAUGGGGUGGGAAUCUCCAGCCUCUGACAACGUUGCUGCAAUUGUAUCGUGAGCACGAGGCCACAAAUAUACUGGAUAAAGUGUAUGCCUUGCAUGGUCUAGCGAAAGAUAGCUCAGAUAUAGCUGUUGACUACGGUAUAACUGCCGAUGACCUUCUCGUGAAGGUGUUGCAUCAUGCCUAUUGUACUUUGGGAUCCAUAACUGAUAUAAAAGAGGCGAAAAAAUCUCUUGUCCGCUUUGGGGAAAUGGUGGCAGAGAUGCUGGAUAUUGAUUACUCGGCGAAAGGAAUCAGCUUCCACAUCUCCAUGGCUGAAAGACAAUCUCAGGAUGGACAGGCCAAAUCCGUCGAAACUUUGCAUGUCGAAUCUGCCGACAUCAUCGAGCAAACAAAAGACGAUACUGCAGCAUCAACCAGGCCACGGCAGAACGUAGACUACUUAUCGCAUGACUGGAACAAGGAGGAUAUUUGGUCAUGCUGGAGGUACAUUAUUUCCAACAGAGACGAAUUCGCCAACAGCGCUCGACUGGAAAACGCAUCUUGGAGAAACUGGGUCAAGGUUAAGAACAACCUCAAAACAAUAUCGCCAGAUGAAUUGAACUGGCUCAAAGACUAUGAUACCACUUGGCUCUUUGGGCCUCUACAGUGCAGCUCCAAGAAUGCGAACCCACCUUGCAAUGAAGCUUCGAGUGUGGCUCUGUCAAAAACAGAUUUUAACCUAAACAAGAAGCCAAUUUUGAAGAGGAACAACCUGCCUGAAUUCAUUCCUCAAGGGUCACUGGAAUGCGCGCCCCUGUUGAAGCAAACUACAGCGACAAUCCCGGCUCAAGAAACUUGUGAGUCUUUGAAGCGUGGAGAAGACGAUGUCGCCUACCCUGUGGAGAGCCAGAGAGGCAACCAAGACGCUAGUUCUUUUGCGACUUCGGGAGGCUUGUCAAAUACAACCUCCCCCUUUCCCAAACUCAAACAUAUUCAUUUUAAUGAGCUAGUAGAGCAGUGCAUUGCUAUCGAUAUAACGGGCGACUACACGUACGAGGAAGACUGUGAUAUUCACAACGAUGACAGCAAUUCCAGCGAUGAUGGCAUCAUGAUGAAGCGAACCCGACCCAAGAAACGCGUCCCUUGGUAUAAGAAAGAUAGUCGGAAGCCUGCUGAUUUAGAUGGCAAGAUUAUUGCGAAACUGCCACCUAGCUAUCUCAAGUAUCGAGCGUACACUCCGGAAAUCGCCAUUGAUACAGCCAAUAGAGUCUCCCUGGGGGAGUUCUUCCUCGCCCUGAGACCGCCACCUUUUAAAAACAGAGUAAUUUCAAAAUGGUAUAGGAAAUUUAAAUAA